AGGAGUCGUCCGUUUAAAUGCCGUGGCCCCGAACCGUCUUCCACGGCAAGACCAGCAGGCAGUCACGUCUCCCAGAUCUCGCCACCCCCGCAUCACGACUCCGGCCUCCUCUUCGCUCCCAAAGCCCCCGAUCCGACAAUCCAUGGCGACGCCCGGCCACCACCUCCCGCUCCUCCUCCUCGUCCUGGCCACCCUUGCCGCGGCCGCCUUCGCCGUCGCCCCAGUCCCCGGCCCGGCGGCGCUGGGCGGCGGCGGCCCGCUGCUGGGCGGGUGGAACCCGAUCCCGGACGUGGGGGACAAGCACAUCCAGGAGCUGGGCGGGUGGGCGCUGGGGCAGGCCAAGUACCAGAAGCUGGCCGCCAACGCGCUGCGGUUCCGCCGCGUGGUGCGCGGCGAGGAGCAGGUCGUGUCCGGGAUGAGGUACCGCCUCUACGUCGACGCCGCCGACCGCGCCGGCCGCUCCGUCACCUACGUCGCCGUCAUCUACGAGCAGGUCUGGACCAACACCCGCAAGCUCGCCUCCUUCACCCUGGCGUCCCGCGCCCACUGAAACCAUGCCGGUUGACGGCCGCCGCCGGGACGGAUCGCCCGUCGGCGGCGGCGACGUUCUCCGUUAAUUACGUAUUGCUAAUCUAAUUAUUGUAAUAUAUAUGUACUCCUCCCUGCCUCUAUGGACCUGUUGUAGUGUGUUGGGAGUGAGUGAGGAUACUGUGUGGGUUUCACUGCAAGUCGCUGUUGUGGGAUUAAUCUGAGAGCCGAAUCGAGGCUGCGUAAUAUUAUUAUAUAUUAUUGGUGUGCGCCACAAUGCUGUGAUGUAUGGAUUGUGCUAUUUGACUCU